GACGCUGCGAGUCAGGUGGAGAACGUAGGUUAUUGUACUCCGAGACGACGCCUUUCUAAACACGUGCUCGGGCAUCAUGAACACUCAGUUUCUUCUGCUGACCUUGGCGGUGGCGUCGAUGUGGACCCCGGGGGCCCUUGGGGACAAGUUGCCUGGCGGAGGCCAUGGUGGCGGAGGGCCUGGAAGAGGGAACAGCAGACGCGGACCGACUUCGGGGACGGCCUCACAGAGUUACGGACUUCCUCAGCAGGGUUUCUCGUCAGGGAGCGCCGGCGGUCCUGGCGCGGGGCUGUCCUCGUCCUAUUCUCAGCCGUCAAAUUCCCUCGGAAAUGGAGGAGGUUCUAGCUACGAUUUGCCCGACGAGAUAACAGCCCCGGGCCAGUCCUACGGCGCUCCCUCGCAGCAGACACAGACGUACGGACAGCCCAGCAGGGGUCAGACCCAGACUGUAAGUCAGACAUAUAGCACACCACAACAGACACCGACUCUUUCACAGACAUACGACGCACCCCAGUCCUCCAGGAACAGCCAGAGUCCUUCUCAGACUUAUGGGGCUCCUCAGCAACAGCCUUCACAAACCUAUGGCUCACCUAGUAAGCAGGAGCAGCCCUCUCAGAGUUAUGGCACUCCACAGCAAAAACAGCCGUCACAGAGCUAUGGAACUCCUCAGCAACAACAGCCAUCACAGAGCUAUGGGACACCUCAGCAGCAGCAGCCGUCACAGAGCUAUGGAACUCCUCAGCAACAGCAGCCGUCACAGAGCUAUGGGACACCUCAGCAACAGAAGCCCUCACAGAGCUAUGGAACUCCUCAGCAGCAGAAGCCAUCACAGAGCUAUGGAACUCCUCAGCAACAGAAGCCCUCACAGAGCUAUGGAACUCCUCAGCAGCAGAAGCCAUCACAGAGCUAUGGGACACCUCAGCAGCAGCAGCCGUCACAGAGCUAUGGGACACCUCAGCAGCAGCAGCCGUCACAGAGCUAUGGAACUCCUCAGCAGCAGCAGCCGUCACAGAGCUAUGGGACACCUCAGCAACAGCAGCCGUCACAGAGCUAUGGGACACCUCAACAACAGCAGCCGUCACAGAGCUAUGGGACACCUCAGCAACAGCAGCCGUCACAGAGCUAUGGAACUCCUCAGCAGCAGCAGCCGUCACAGAGCUAUGGGACACCUCAGCAGCAGCAGCCGUCACAGAGCUAUGGAACUCCUCAGCAGCAGCAGCCGUCACAGAGCUAUGGGACACCUCAGCAACAGCAGCCGUCACAGAGCUAUGGGACACCUCAGCAACAGCAGCCGUCACAGAGCUAUGGGACACCUCAGCAACAGCAGCCGUCACAGAGCUAUGGAGCCCCUGAGCAGCCCUCUCAGAAUUACAGAACACCACAGCAGCAGCAGCCUUCUGAAAGUUAUGGAGCACCUGAACAGCCGUCCCAGAAUUAUGGUGCUCCCCAGCAAUCCCAAAAUGGUUAUGGCCAAAGACAAAAUGCGAACAGCUUAGGUGGCAGGCAGAAUAAUAACGGAGGAAGCAGGUAUGGAGGGCGCCAAAACAACGGUGGGGGAAAUGGUUUUGGAAGUAAGCAGAAUAGAGUUAGCAACACUGGUUAUGGAGGCCAGCAGAAUGGAGGCAGCGGUGGAUAUGGGGGCCAGCAGAAUGGAGGCAGUGGUGGAUAUGGGGGCCAGCAGAAUGGAGGCAGUGGGGGAUAUGGAAGCCAGCAGAAUGGAGGCAGUGGUGGAUAUGGGGGCCAGCAGAAUGGAGGCGGCGGUGGAUAUGGGGGCCAGCAGAAUGGAGGCAGCGAUGGAUAUGGGGGCCAACAGAAUGGAGGUAACACUGGAUACGGAGAUCAACCAAAUACCGGCGGCGGAAAUGGAUACGGAGAACAGCAGCAUAUGAAGGGGAUGCCAUACGGUUUUGACUACGCCGUCAACGACCAGUACACCGGCAAUGAUUUCUCACAGUCAGAGUCAUCUGACGGAAACGUAGUGACCGGGGAGUACCGGGUUCUCUUGCCCGACGGGAGGACACAGAUCGUCACUUAUACCGCCGACCAUGAGAACGGUUUUGUUGCAGAUGUUAGGUAUGAGGGCGAAGCUCAGUACCCUCAAGGAAAUAAUGGCGGUGGCUACGGAGGGCAGCAGGACAGUGGCUACGGAGGGCAACAGGACAGUGGCUACGGAGGGCAACAGGACAGUGGCUACGGAGGGCAACAGGACAGUGGCUACGGAGGGCAGCAGGGCAAUAAUAAUGGGUACGGGGGGCAACAAAAUGAUGACAGCAGUUACGGAGGACAACAGGGUAACAAUAAUGCAUAUGGUGGGCAACAGAGCGACAACAGUGGAUACGGAGGACAACAGAAUAAUAACAACGGGUAUGGAGGGCAGGGAAAUAAAGGUGGCAGCAGCGGUUAUGGAGGACAACAGAAUACUGGUGGGAGCAUCUUUGGUGGCAGCACGGGUCAGGGCUCAGGGUACGGCAGGAAGUAGCAAUGUUUCCGUUAGAAAACCGUUAAAUUGAAGUAUGUCAGUUAUACAAAGAAGUUAUCGGACUUAAAAAAUCAGGUGCUCUAUAUUUAACGUCGGUUUAUUUAUGGGCUAUUGUUAUGAAUUAUUUACUACAUUUUCCAAGCCAAAAUUCGCCAUGUGUCUCAUCUACUGUAAAACGAAUGUUGUAGGUGUGUUUCUGUGUGAUGUAAAGCCAAUAGAUAUAGUGCCAAUUAGUUAGUAGAUAUGUAUAGCAAAAAAAAACAAAAAAACUUGCCAUAGCUUUAAGGCAUACAUAGUUAACACCAACUGUUGCCUUAAAAUCCUUGUGAAUGUCAUUUGAUGUCCAUAAGCGGCGGUGGAAUAGAUUUAGGUAAAUGAUUUAGAUUAAGAAGAUAGAAAAGUUUUAUUUUUGUGGAGAUUCAUAUGCCUGUAGUAAUAUAUUUAUAGUAACAGAAUUAUAUUAAUAUACAAAUCGACAUUAUUUUUGUAAAACAAAAUCAAGUAAAAUAUAUAAUAUGCAUUUA